AUGUGUGAGCUGUUUGUGGGACAAUUGAGGGCUUCCGUUACUUAUGCCCCACCUGCCAACACUCUAGCUAAUAUUAAGCAAAAGGAACACGAGACAUUAAGAGAGUAUUUCAAACGCUUCAACUCAGAGGUACCCCGAGUUAGGCCAACAUCAAAGAAAACCCUGAAGAAUUUCUUGAUAGCGGGGGUAAGGCUUGGAACAGACUUCUGGAAGGAGUUGCAAGGGCGGGAGCCCGAAACCCUGGCUGACUUCUUUGCUAGGGCAGAACCCCAUAAAGUGAUUGAGGAAUCUCUAGCUAAGUUGAAGAAGGAGUCGAAGUCUGAAAGCUGUAGUAGCUGGAAAAACAAGAGAGACAGGUCUUACAGCCCAGAUAGGAGGAACACCUAUAAGAGAAACCCUUAUAUAAGGCCUGCUGGUGAGAAAUCCUCGAGCCAGGACGGCAAAACCUCACCCAUUAUUAUGAAUACAACCAGCUCACAGGGCUUCGACAAGUCAAGGCUAACGAUGAGGAAGACAAGAGAGGCAAGGUACCAUGAAUACACGCCUCUGACAGCUCCCAUAGAUCAUAUUUUCGAGGUUGGAGACAAGGCGAGACUCUUCCGGAAGCCCUUUCGAAAUGGACCCCCUGAAAAGAAAGACCAGGGGAAAUAUUGUGCUUUCCACGACUUAAACGGGCAUGACACGAUAGAAUGUGUGCAUCUCAAGGACCACAUAGAGGACCUAAUCAGAACCGGGCACCUGACCGAAUUUGUAGCCCAAGAGGCUAAAAAGUAUAAGGAAAAGAAAGCUGAAAGGACAAGUAACCAGGAAGCCAACCGUAGCACUCGGGCUGGAAAUGUCUGA